AUGAAGAACCUUUUCUUUUCCAUGGUUUUUCUCCUUUCCUUCCUAUUCUUCCUCGCUCAUGUAAGCGAGGCGGCCAUAACAUGUGGUACAGUUGACGUGAAGGCUGCCUCGUGUGUCACAUUUGCCACCGGCAAGGACACAAAGCCAUCUGCAGCCUGCUGCAGCGGGCUCCAGCAGCUGACUCAAAGCGUGAAGUCUGUCGACGAUAAAAAGACAAUCUGCCGUUGCCUGAAGGCUGGUGUUCAGAAAUUUAAUGGUGUACAAGACAAGUUCUUGAGCAAAAUCCCUGAUGCUUGCAAGAUCAAAGUCACAUUCCCUGUCUCAUUGAGCAUCAACUGUGAAACCGAGGCGGCCAUAACAUGUGGUACAGUUGACGUGAAGGCUGCCUCGUGUGUCACAUUUGCCACCGGCAAGGACACAAAGCCAUCUGCAGCCUGCUGCAGCGGGCUCCAGCAGCUGACUCAAAGCGUGAAGUCUGUCGACGAUAAAAAGACAAUCUGCCGUUGCCUGAAGGCUGGUGUUCAGAAAUUUAAUGGUGUACAAGACAAGUUCUUGAGCAAAAUCCCUGAUGCUUGCAAGAUCAAAGUCACAUUCCCUGUCUCAUUGAGCAUCAACUGUGAAACGAUCCGCUGA